AUGAAGUUCUCGACCGCUUGCUUGGCCACAUUUGCUUCCCUCACCUCCAGUGGUAUGGCAGCACCAGUAUACAACACCAAUUCUUCCGCUGAACUACAGAGCGCUGUUUCACAAGAAAUCUUCGGUUGGACCAAACCAACUUUCCCUGAGCUUUACCACACAUGCAACUCAACUAAUGCUAGAAUGUUGAACGUUGCUUUGCAGGAAUCACUUGAAGUUUCCGCAUACGCGAAGGAUAGACUUUUGAAGUAUGGUGCCGAUGAUGUGUAUUAUAAGAGAUGGUUUGGUAAUGGAAGCAUAUUCACCGUUAUGGGUGUUUUUGACCAUUUGGUUGAAUCUUCCAAGAGCGGUGUCCUAUUCAGAUGUGAUGACGUUGAAGGACUUUGUGCAGCAAAUCCAGGUUACUAUGCGGGCCAUCAUCGUGUGUCCGUACCAGCAGAAACAGUCAUCUGUGAUUAUUUUUACAUGUCUAAAAAGCCAAUUUCAUCUAUCUGCUUCGAGGGAAACAUCAUUGAUGUCGGUCCAUCACAUUACGCCGGUAUAGACUUAUUUCACCGUUAUCUACAUGUUCCCUCAAUGAACUUAGACUACGUUGGUGAGUAUGCAGAAGAAUUAGAUGAAUUGAUCGACUAUGCUGAAAACAACUCUACUUUCGCUGUGAGAAAUACUGAUAACUAUUUGUAUUAUAUGGCAGAUGUGUACAGUUCUUCAAUUGUACCAGGAGGUUGUUUAGGUGAGCUUUCUUAG